AUGCUUCCUCUCUAUGUAUGCACACCGCCUCCACAGCACCCUCAAACCUACAUCUACACAAACACACAACUCCAAGCAGGCACCCAGGUGAGGCGGAGGGGUGGGGCCCGGGACCUAUUGUUGGCGAAGCCCGAAUUUGCCGCCUGCUCGUUUUCACGCCGUUCAGUGCUUUGUACAGUGCCUGGCACAUGGUACGAAGCAGAACUCCUGAAGCGCGGCACAGCGGAAAAUGACUUCGUGGCCCUCAAGAAGAAAGCAGACCUGGCUUACGUGAAUAAAGCGGAGCUGGAGGCCCAGGCGACAACCCUUAAGGACGAGAUCAACUUCGUGCAGGAGCUGUACAAGGAGGAGCUGGCCCAGGUGCAGAAGCGCAUUGGCGACACGGCAGUAAUCCUGUCGAUGGAUAACAGCCGCUGCCUGGACCCGGAUGGCAUCAUCGCAGAUGUCAAAGCCCAGUACGAGGCCAUCGUCAGGCAGAGCCGGGAGGAGGCCGAGAGCUGGUACAAGAUGAGGUAUAAUUAUCUGAAGAAGGAUUUGACCCUGCAAGGAGACAGCAUUCAGGAGACAGAGGCCCAGAUCUCCGAGCUCACCUGCGUCAUCCAGAGACUGCAGCAAGAGAUCGAAGUCGUCAAGAAGCUGGUAUGCGGUGGGAUGCUCAUUUACAUUCUCGGAUCGGGGUCCGGAAUGCCGGGAGAGGGGUGCACCAACCUGCAGGUCGCCACUGCUGAGGUGGAGCAGUGUGGGGAGUUGGCCCUCAAGGAUGCCCGGGCCAAGCUGACUGACCUGGAGGCCGCCCUUGGUGCGGCCAAGCGGGACCUGGCCCAACUGCUCCGGGAUUACCAGGAGAUGAUGAACGUCAAGAUGGGGCUGGACAUCGAGGUUGCCACCUACCAGACCCUGCUGGAGGGCGAGGAGUGCAGGUGGGUGCUGGGAGCAGAGGGAGGAGGUCCUAGGAAUUGGAGAGAUGGGAUCAGCUAGCGGAACCAUCCCUCAAGACCCUGGGAUUGGGGGGAAUCUAGUACCCCCUUCAGUCUCCCUCUUCCUCUC